AGUCCACCUAUCCACUAGAUUGAUAGGUUGAUACAAAUACACUUUAAGUUUAUAAUUGAAUUGUAACGAUGCUAGGAAUUGCUAAUUGUUAUAAAUAGUAAGGCUAGAAUAUUUGUGAUGCCUUUGUACAAAGAUUAUCUCUCUAUUUAUAAUUAAAGAAUCAUCUUGAAAGGCUUCAAUGGCUCCAUUCCGGAUUCCGUGGAAUCCGGAGCUAGUGGGUUGAGGUAAUUCCUACUUCCUCGCCAUUCCCCUCGAGCACUUCUCCGUUGAGGUUUGAACUGGUCUUUAUCAUCGACAAGAUGAGGUUCAUGGUUCCGACUCUUUUGGCACCUUCUCUUGACUUGUUCAACUAAGAUACCCUUGAAAUAUUCCUUGGAAGAAUCUUCAUUUGACUUCAUUUAAUCACCUGAAAGUGGGUAGCUGAUUUUGUGAUAAGCUGUUACCUAACAACCUGCGAAAAAGUGAACUUGUGAUGAAAAUUUGGGCAUAACAAAUAUGUUAAUUGCUAAUAGUUUAGAAUUGGGAUGCAGAUUAAAAUAACGAAUUUGACUGCACAGCCGAAUUACCUGAUUUUCCUUGUCAUUUCGUGGGCUUUUAAACUGUCAAGUGGCAUAUCUCCGUAAUUAACCUAAAAAAAAGGGCAUUCUUGUCGUCUCAAAUUAAUAACUUUGAUUUAGCAGUAAUGGCAGACCACUCGCCAAGUGUGAGUAUUUUGAAAAAAAAAAAUAAAAUUAUCUAAUUAAUUUUUAUUUUGAGGACAGAAUUAAAUUAAUUCAGAAUUUUUAAUUUCUUCUACAAUUAGUGUUUUUUAUUUUUUUAAUAUUAAUACUUUGGUAAUAACACAAAGUUGUCAGCAUGAUCCAUUUUAUUUACGCUAAUUACAUUUAUAUUAAUAAUAAAAUAAAUGUUCCCUCAAAAAAAAAAAAAAAAAAUGUUUUUUAUUUAUUUGUUGUCCUUUUGAAAGGUUUAAAUUUGGGUGGAUACUUUUGUUUUUCAAAUAUAAUUAGCGGAUUCUCCUCAUAAAAUCACCUUUAUUUUCCUUUCUGCUAUAUUUGGGAUUUGCAAUUUUUAUCGUGAAAUGCAAUGAAAUGAAUGCUUAAGGUUCUGAAUCUGAUGGUGUUGGGAUCACGUUCAUCAAACAAUUCCAAACAAAUUGGGUAAGAGAAUCAUGCAAUUUUAUUCUUUUUCGUAUGGCUAGAUCACAUUAUGUUUUUGUAUUAGGCUUGAAAUAUUUUGUUUUGGUUUUUUAUUCCCACAUGCAUGCAUAUGGUUGUUUUUUGAGGUAGUUUAAUGUAUGUAUAAUUUGAAAUGUAAUUGGUUCGGCGGAAUUUCAUUGUGUUUGGUCUCGAUUUCAAAUCUCAUCCACCUCUACCUUUUCCCCUUUUCAUCCCAUAGGCACUCUCUUGAGAUAGGGUUUUGUGAUGCCCAACGUGCACCUUAGAAUAAAAAACUUCGUACCCCGUAUGUUGUUCAUAUAGGCGAUAUAGGCCCUUUAUGACAGUAAGACAAGGCUUAAUUUUGACUAGAAAUUACUUUUUUUCCUCCAUAUUAAACUUAUUUUUCUUUGUUAAUAGGGUAGUAUUGGUGAUCCCAAAUCUAUGAAUAUUGUUCAAUAUAUUUGUUGAUGUAUGAGGGACUAGUAGAUUUUAACUUUGAGAUCAGAUUUGUGAAUAGUGUAAAAUCCCAACACCACAUCCGAGAAGUCACCUUUCUUGUCAAAGCCCCUACAAAAUCGGCAAAAAUACAUAAAUGCCACCAUGAUAUGACUUUGAUUGAGGCCUUGUUGCACAAAUCAAUCAAUUUGUGAAUCAAAUAGAUAAUAUAUACAGUAAUUCUUUUGUUUCAUUCACAUUCUAUGAUUAGUAGUUGAAAAGUUGAAACCCAUCUGUAAUUUCAUGUGGUUUGUUAUUAAAAUCUAUUUUGUGGGUCCUUCAACUAAAGAAUCUGAGACUUUUUCUUGUUCUUCCCUAUUUUACAUGAGAUUUUCUGGUUGUGUACAUAUGUCAUGUUGACAAAGAUGGUUUAUUUUGAGGAUCAUUCUAAAAGUUGAGUCUUCUUUUUGUUCAUUUGAGUAGUAGUUGUGUUGAAAUUAAGCUCUCUUGGUUUCUUCUAAUUGUCUUUAAGUGGUGUUAGGCUUAGUUUUGGUGGAUGUCACUUUUAUUUGAUAAUGAAUAAUAAUUUCUAUUAAUACUUUGAACCAUAGAUCAAUUAAUAGGAAUUGCGUCGAAGAUUUGUAAAAAAUGCUGUCACGAUAUGCUUUGUUUGUUUGACCUGCUCCAUAGUUUGCUCUAUCUGAAUUCUUAGAACUCUUUUUUGUUAUCCCCUUUGGGAGAUAAUUUUUUAUAUUUUUCGCGUUUUCUCGUAAUUUAUCAGUUCGUAUAUACGUUUUGGAGACAAGGGAUGUAAUAAUGGUACUUAAUUGAUUUAGCUGGGAACAAUGUUACAAUCUGAAAUAUUUCGGUAGGAUAUAAUACUUGUUAAGUAUACUAUUUGAUCCCGUUCAAAUAAAAAAAAAAAAGUAUCUAAUUGAACAAUAAUAAGGAAUUGAGAUAAUGUAUCAUGAAGUAAAACCUCUUCUGGAAAGCUAGAACAUUAGUAUACUCUUCUGACUGUCAAUUUUCAAUUUUUUCACUAAUAAUGUUUACAAUUUUAUGUUCAGAUGCUACCAAUAAGUUUUGUUGGAGCGCCUCUAGAAAUGACAAAGCGCCGCUGGAAGGAGUUCAUGCAGGCUUUGUAUGAGAACCAUUUUGAUUUUAGAAAAGAUGAAGAGCUGGAAAAGUCUAAAACAGAUGUAGAAAACAAACUGCCAAAGAUUAUAAAGCUGGUAAAAGAGCGACGUCAGAACAGGAGAAACCGAAAUGCAGAAGUGCUCUUGAGAAAAGAAUCAGAACUUAUUGGGCUGAUUGAGGAUUUCCACAAACAGUAUCAAUUUGUUUAUGGCCAGUAUGAUGAUCUCAGAAGACAGUUAUCUGAAACCGUCAACGGAGCAAAAGAAGAUGAGGGGUACUUUACAGCCACUUCCAGUUCAGACUCAGAGGCAGAGCUAGAGAAGGAUGUAAAGACAAAUGGUCACACCCACCUGAGCCGAGAGAAGAAGUCCUUUUACUCUGAAUAUGUAGAAACGAUGAACAAAGCGCAGGAAAAUGAGAAAAUUAUGAAAGAAUUGAAAGAGAAGCUUGACGAAAAGAGAGGAGAAAUUUCAAUCCUUGUUCGGAAGCAGAAGCUUUGUCAGAGGGAAAUUUCAGGCUUGAUGAGUGAACUAGAGUCAGAGCUCUCAUCUUUCAAUUUUAAGCUAAAUGGGAUGUGCAUUGAGAAGAAAGCAUUAGAACAGCGAGUGGAGAACAAAGAACUGCAAAAACAGGUUUCGAAACUUGAAAAGAUAGCAAAAGAGAGGGAUGAAGAGAUAUCUAAACUGGUAAAAAACGGAGUUGAUGGUGCUGUUGAAAAUAAUGGGUUGAUAACUGAGGUUUCCAAAAUAAAGGGGUUGAUAGUACAGGUGAACCAGCUAAAACUAAAUGUGGAUUGUUUGUUUAAUGCUCAGAAAAGUGAUUCAGAAAAACAAAAGUUGCCUCAAAGUAAUAACAACGGCUUUGCUAUGCAUGAGAACUUGCUGGAUCAGGUGAACAAAAUGAAGCGCGAUCUGGGGUUCAUGAGAAAGAAGAACACAGAACUAGAGUCGAAUAUCAAGAAGAAAGCCCAAGAAAAUUCAGAAUUUUUGUCACAGAUAGAUGACCUCAAGAAGGAACUAACAGAAAAGGCUCAAGAAUUUCAGGUAAUGCAGAAAGAGAAAGAGGAUUCACUAGUGAGAGCAAAAAACUUAGAAUUAGAGGCACAACAUUCAAGCAACCUCAUAAGUGAAAGAGAGAAGCUAAUUGCGAAAAAAGAACAAGAAAAGUUUCAAUUAACACAGGAAAUAGAGAUACUGCAAGGGAAAAUGGUGAAGAUGGAGAAUCUGCUGAAAGAAAGAGAGGAACAAUUCACUGCACUCCAAAAGGGACUUGAGAAUGGAGAGGAUGAUAAAUCUGCUCAGAUCAUGGCUUUGAUGGCUCCGACUAACCACAUCGAGCAGGAGUUGGAAUUGAAGAAUAAAUUUGAAAUGAUUAAGAUUAAGAACAAUGAUAUCAGUAAGCUAACUGAUGAAAAGGAGUCACUUAAAGAGAGAAUAUUAGAACUAGAGAAGAGGCUGAAAGAUAGAGGAGACAAGUUCUCAACUUUGGAGAAUGACUUGUCUACUCAUAUAGUAGCCUUGAAUAAAGAAGUAAGCCAUCUGCAGCAUGAAAAGGAUACAGGAAGGAAGCUUGAUAAAAAGCUAAGUUUGCGCAACCAAGAGAUUAGUGAGUUAGAAGAUGAGAAAGAAAGCCUGCAAGCGAAGGUUUUAGAGCUCGAAAUAACAUUGACAGUUAAAGAAGACCAAAUUGCUGAUCUUCAGAGAAAAAGUCAAGCAGGGGAGAAUGAGAUAAAUGGUUUGCAGGGAGAUUUGUCUGAUGAAAGGAAAAGGCUUUCUGAAAGACUAUUCCAACUUGAAAAUCAAAACGAUGAACUGAAUUUUAAGAUUUCAGAUCAGCAAUUUAUAUUAAAACAACAAGAAGACACCAUUAACAAAUUGAGAGAGGACUGUAAAUUAAUGAAAGGGCGCUUCCUGCAGGCUGCAUACAGGAAGAUGGAUGAAGUGGCAGAAGAAUUCAGGAAGAAUUUCGAGGAUAAGCUUCGUAUGUUAACACGGAGGAUAAGAGUGGCUGAGCAAUUGCAUGCUGAGACCAAAGAGAGCUGUAAGAAGAUGCAAGAGCAUUGUCAGCAACAACAUCCAGGUUAUCUCGACAAAAGACUUGCUCAUCAACUGAUUUCACCGCGCAAAUCUGAGUUACAGACGACAGUUCUUCAAGCAGUCAAUGAAAUAAUGAAGGAUAUGGAGUGUUUGAUAAGCAACUUCGAGAGCAAGGAAGGGAGUUUCAUACAAAGAUUGUCUAGCAUGUCUAAUGAGAUUCAGGUUGCAAAGAAUUGGGUUCGUUUGACAAUGAAUGAAAUAAAACCAUGUAAAAAUCACGAGUUUGUAGCCUCACCAUUUGCAUUUACAACGGAUGACAAAGAACAAGAUAAAUUAAUGAAGGAGAAGGUAAAGAUGUUAGAGGCAAAGGUGAAUAAGGAGAAAGGUGAUAAGUUAAGGCUUAUGAAAGGGAUGUAUGAGAUGCAGAAGAAGGUGGCGGAUUUGGAGAACGUGAUUGUAGAGAAGGAUGAAGGGUUAUUGAGACUAGGAAAUGAGAAAGUAGAGGCCAUAAGACAGUUAUGUAUGUGGGUUGAUUAUCGACAAAGUCGCUUUGAUCAACUCACCAAAAUGAUGUUAGUGAAGAAGACUACUAAAAGCUAAGGUAGAGCUUAAAUGCAUGAUUUCUUGCAUUUCCUUCCCUUAAUUCAUACCAUUUUUUAGCCACUACAUGAAUUUUGUACAACUAUUUUUUAUUUUUUAAUUUUUUUUUAUUUUUUUUAUAUUUUUUAUAUUUUGAUUUACUUUGGAAUUUCAUACCACAAACCUCCCUUAUUUUUGGAUUAGGGGAUUAGUGUAUUCUAUUAGAAAUUUUAUGUAUAAUGGUAAGAUGUAUAAUUAUAUUGUGAUACAUUGAAUUCUGCUAAAAUUUGAAAUUAAUCUUUCCUUUUCAUAUCAUUAUUGAAUAUCUAGUGCAUGCAACUCCAUGUCCCACUAAAGACAAAAAACUUGUAUGGUACACUCAAUAAUACUUUGAUGUUGGAAAUCUAAUUUAAUUAUUUAUAUUUGAAAUUUUGAUUAUAUAUAUACUCCCUCUGUUUUUAAAUACUUGCUUCACUUUUUAUUUCCGGCCGUUUUUAAAUACUUGCUCCAUCUUCUUAUUUGGAUAGUUUUUACAGUAUUUAAUUUAUUUCUAUCAACUAGUGGAUCCAACAUAAAUUAUAUUUUAUUAAUUUCA